AGAGCAGACAGAAGCCGGGACGGUGUGAUCUCUACCGGACACUGAAACUGGAAGAAAUAUUUGUGAAGUUUCCAUGAAGAGCAAGAAGUUUUGGAUGAACCUGGGAGAGUUUCACUGACAGUCUUUCUUUCUAGAUAUUUUUAUCCCAAUGAGUGCUGAUUAAAGAAGACGUCCUUCUUCUACACUUAGACACUGAGCAGCUUGAUCAGAACAGUUGGGUGGAACUGUGUAGUGUCUGGUACAUUUUAGCAAGUCUUCCCUACCAGAGCAACAUUACAUUAUAAUUGAAGAAAAAAGAGAAAAGACUUUCCCAACCAGGUUAUUUUUAGAGUACCAAGAACAUUUUUUAGAUUUUUUUUUUUUGUUAUUGGACCCAGUGGGAGAGGGAUAUUUUUCCGAGUCCCUCUUCCUUCACAGGGGGUUCAUCAGUUUCCUGACAGAUGUUUUAGGGACUUAAGGACUUAACACUUAACACCAAAGACACAAAGACAGAAGAGCCACUCAUUGUGGUGGUGACUGAGCUGAGCUUUGGACCCUUUGCACAUCUUCUGACAUACCAAAGAUGCUGUAUCUAAAGAAAUACUUCACGGAAGGCCUUAUUCAGAUGGCCAUCCUGCUCAGCCUGUGUGGAGUGAGGGUUGACGUGGGACUGGAGCCCUACCUUCUCCCCUCCUGGCACGAGAUGAUCCUGGGUCCUACCUCAGCACUGACCCAGACGCAGUUCCACAACCUCCGCAACCGCCUGGAAGACGGCCAUGGCCUCCACCCCAAGAGUGUAGACCUGGAUGGGUUCUUCACGGCACGAAGGCUGCUUGGCUGGGUCCGUUCUCUGGACAGACUGCAGGUUCCUCGUGCAGAACUGGAGGCCUGGCUGGUCCAGCGGGAGCCAGAUCCUCUCCCCAUGGGAUGUCCAGACCAGUCCUCCCCACUGGAGAGAGCUGCUGGGGUAGAAAGAGACCGACCUACCCUGCCUGUGGAAUCUAGAGAUGGACUUGGUGCCGUGCAGGAUGAAGACGAGGAGGAUAAAGAGGAAGAUCUGCAUCAGUACAGUGGCACUCUGGAGGAGAGAGGAGAGGAAGAGAGCGAGGAACACCUAAAUGGGAGGACAGAGGGAAGAGGAAGACCAGGAGGUUUCUACAGCUAUGCUAACAACAGAGAGCAAAUUCAGAAUGAAGUAGACCAGACUUCUUCCUCCCUCCAGGAGUGUUUGAGACUGUUGGAGAACACCUUUCCCUUCACAGAAGAACAACAGAUACAUGAUGAUGGUGGUAGGAGGGAAGACUUGGAGUGUCAGCCACUGAGCAGGGAGCCCCUGCUGUCCCAUAUCAUCCCCAAUGGUAACCCUUUGAUGGACCUGGAGCUCCAAUGGCAGGACCUGUUGGAAGUCAUGGAGCCUGAGAACACAGAUGUUGACAUGAUGACUCAAUUUGAACACAACCAGAAUUUAAGGACAACUGGGAACCUUCAAGGUGCUGGGUCUGAAGCUUUAAACCAAAAUUGUAACAACUCUGACAACGGCAUAACAGUGGCUGAUCAGGAAGUCUUUCUAAUGGAGAGUCCUCUGCAGAAUGGGUUGUUGGGGCCUCCAAGCCAGCCAGCGCCAGAAUCAGCCCUACUUCCCCUCAUCCCCAGUGCAGAGUUGGAUGACCAUAAUUCAGCCUUGAACACAAGGGACACUAAGAAAAAUUCUAAUGUGAAUCCUUCACACACACUUCCUGACAACACACAACUGCUUGAAGAAAAUCCUUCAGAAGACUUCGGCAUAGCAUUAAAUGCAGAGGAUAACUCCAGUACCUUUAACAUAAAUAUGCUGACACAAGGUCUUGUGGAUACCAUGGAGGGCAAUCUGUGCACACAGUACGCUCCCUCCUUUGCAAACCGUCCAAGCUUAAAUGUAAACUUUCAUUCACUUGACAUGGCACCUUCUAGUUUCAACCCAUCAUCGGAGGGAAAUGGUAUGGCUCAAGACCUUCUGACAUCUCCCUCCAAUGUCUUUCUGGGUGAUGAAGAGGAUGAUGUUGAUGAUGAUGAUGGUCUCCCUAGCACACUUAGUGACCUCUUAGAGGAUGCUACCAUCUUGGAUGAGAUCAGAUUGUUGGACCUGGCUCUGGAGGACGGAUUCGGUCCUGAGAUGGCAGCCAAGCUGGAAGAGGAGGGCUUCCUCAACAGUGAAGUAGCCCAGCAGGAAACUGGCAGAGAUGAUGACCACUCAGGAUCUAGCGUGGCACUCACAGAAAAUCAGGGUCAACUACAAAGACAUCAUCAGGACAGCGAUGAUGAGGCAGACUCAGACUCUGGUCUUUCUCUGGACUUCAGCCACAGCCCUGCUUCUCCAUGUGCCUCUGAGGCCUCCUCUUAUUCCUCUUCCUCAACCUCCUCUUCGUCUUGUGUGUCGGCUUUGGGAAGUCCUUUUUCUGAAGCUGAAGAUGAAGCUGAGGAUAAAGCCGAGGAAGGGUUACUUGGUGCAGAUAUGGAAGUGGAGGUGACCAUAAAGCAAGAGGAGCUGGAAGAGGAGGAGAUGGGGGCAGUAGGAGGAGAGUACCCUGAAGAUGUUAAGAAACCCUUCUUUCCCAACCGUGGGGAUCACAAGCUGUAUAAUGGCUUUCCUUGGCUGGAGUAUAUCGGCCACGAUCACACGUACAACCAGCCCGUGUCAUCUGUCUCCUCUCCAUACCUGGGCAAGAUGCCAAACAAACAGCCAAAAACUUCCUUGCGACAUGACAGUGCCAAGCCUUACCACCGCUCCUCAUCGAGACGCAUCUCCGAGACCAUGAUGUGGAGUCGGGAUGAACAGCGUGCACAAGCCAGGAAGAUCCCUUUUUCCAAUGAGCUGAUAGUUAAUCUGCCAGUGGAUGAGUUUAAUGACCUACUGGCCAGUUACCAACUCAGUGAAGAGCAGCUUACACUCAUUAGGGACAUACGACGCCGUGGGAAGAACAAAAUAGCUGCCCAGAACUGCAGGAAGAGGAAACUUGACGUGCUGCUGGAUUUGGAAGACAGUGUGUCGGGUUUGAGGCGCCACCGUUCACGGCUGCUCCGAGAAAAACAGGAGGCCCUGAGGAACCUGCAGGAAAUGAAGCGACGACUGGGUAUGUUGUACCAGGAUGUCUUUUCCAGGCUAAGGGACGAGGAGGGGAGGCCGUUGAACGCUAUGGAGUACCUGCUUCAGUUUGAAUCCAAUGGUGGCGUCACAGUAGCUUCACGCCAAGAAACAACAGCGCUGCCAUUGACAAAAAACAGCAAGAAACAGAAGGAUAAGAAGAAGUGAGGAGGUGGUCGAGUCAGCCAUAUUCUGGCUUCAGGAGUUUGGGAUGUUAGAAAAUGUAGAGAGAGUAAAGAGAUUCCUUAAGAGGAGUGUGAUCCAACCACAAAAUUACAGGAAAAACUAAUGUGGUGGUUAGUGAAGGAUCACAGGAAUUCUUUAUCUGGUGUCAGUGGAAGGUGCUGAAAGGUACCAUGAAAUCCUCAAACACCCAAACAGAUAUCCCUGACAGUGACGUUUUUAUUCACAUAAUUGGUGGAUGACUGGAUGGUCAAAGGAAAUCCAGACAGAAAACAAGUUCUUUGAAAGAGGAGGGGAAAUCACAUGAUGAUAAGAAAACCUUUACUCCAGGAUUGUCUCCAUUCUUCAUUCUUAACAUUUUCUACACUGGAAAAGGACUUGAGUUCAACCACUAUCAAGAACAAACAACUCUGAGGUAAAUCUAGGCUACUGAAUGGUGGAUUAAAACAAGAGAGGAUAGAUGACUUGGGACCAGCGCUUUGAAAUGCUAGUUCAAUGCUUUCCCUUACAUCAACUUUCUCAGAGACUUGAAAAUAUUGAGUUGAAAAAGCCAACAAACUGAUUGCAGGCUGGAUCCUGGCUAUCAGCUAAUAUAGUUGAACAGUUAGACACUACAAUGACUCUGGGCCACCGAGAAAGGGACGCUGGUACACAGGAAGGGAAGUUGUGAUCAUACCCCCUUGAGCUGGUAGGGUUAAGGUUAGAGUGGGCACUAUCCCACUCAAAGACACCUCAGCAGGCUACAGACAGGAACCAUGGGGAUCAAACCUGUGUUUGCAGAGUUCCCAGAUGGUGCAGUAACCACAGGGUCUGCUGCCAAAAUUAACCAUGCUAUGCACCAAAACUCCAUGACACUUGGUAUCGUCUACAGCAGAGGCCUUUCAAAUUCUACCAAGAGAGGAUAUUGCCCACUUCGCUGGACUUCUGGUAGUUUUCCUUGAAAAUGACCCUUGUUUGAAGAGUAUCCAUUCUACCACUUGACUGACUUAGAAGAUACCAAUAACAAUCUACAAACAGCAAAACUUUUUGUCUACAUAAGCUAAAAUUUGGUGGAUAGGGCACUUGGCUUUGCCUAUUUUCACACCUGUGCACACCUGGCCUGAAACUCACCAGGCAAUCCAAUACAACUGUCUACCCUCUAUAUGACUAACUGACCGAGGAAUGAUCCAUAAGGGUGCCUGUCUUGAUUUUUUUUCCCCUUGUGAACUUUCUGAAAGUAUGAUAGCAAAGGGUUUUACCUGUGCCUUUUAACAUGUAUGUUUCUGUUUUUAUGCAUUUUCAACACACCUAUGUGACUGUAAAACUGUGGAAAUGUUAUUGUCUACUUCAAACAACAUGGUGGGAAUCUGUGUUCCAAAUGUUACUCAAGAGUAGGCCUGCCCAAGACAUUAAGUCAAAAUACAGAAUUGGAACCUCAUAUCACUCUUUGCAGAUUGUUAAUACAUGGGUAAAAUACAAGUUGUGAAACUGUUUUAAAACUGACAGGUAAAAAUGUGAGUCUGAUGCCCCAAUUACAUAUGAAUGUACCUUCAAUUGAUACAGUAAAAAAAAUUACAGAUUUGGCCUUGAAUGACAGAUAACUCUGGAUUCAACAAACUCGAGGCUGAGUUGUGAAUUGUUUCAAGUUAGGAUGUCACCCUCUAGUGGUUGUGCAUUGCCGAGUAAGAAAGAACUUCAUAGCCAUUCUGGUGAAAUUAUUGAUACAAGGAAUUAAACAUAACAACAAGAAUAUAUUUCCAAAUUUUACCUGAAUCUACAGUAUUUUAGGUUGGAGUUGAGGGUCUUCUGUUCUAAAGUACUAGUUUUGAUUAAAGUCAUUCAGCUUAUAAUAAAUGACUGUGUUAUUGGUGAAGUAGAUUUAGGAUUUCUCAGGAAUGAGCACAGCCAGAAGAACAUGCUCACAGUUACUACUGAGUGGUCAGACAUCUAACCAACAUUACCAAUUUAAUGUGUUUGAUUCUUUUUGGCAAGAAAUUGUAAUUGUCAGAGCAGGUGUUCAGUGUUUCACAUAGUGGACACCACAUUUUGGAGUCAGACGACACUUCAAUCCUGUCUGUCUUUCAGAUUUAUGAAGGCCAAUAAAAACCUGCAUGCCUAUCACCACCACUGAAGCAUUUAUUUUUGUUUAAGUGUUUACAUUUUGUGCUUGCUGGUAUUCAAGGACAUGGGACCUUGUCUUCUGUAAUGUAAAAUAAAAAACCUAAAAGAA